AUGCAAUUCAUUCAAAGUAUCGACCCUAUACCAACAUACCGUGUAAUGGAUAGACAAGGGAAAAUAGAUGAUCCAUUAAAUGAGCCGCAGGUAACGGAAGAAUUUGCGGUAAAAAUAUAUAAAGACAUGAUCACGUUAAAUGUAUUAGAUUUGAUCCUAUAUGAAGCCCAACGACAAGGUCGCAUUAGCUUUUAUAUGACAAAUUAUGGUGAAGAGGCUUAUAUUGGUAGCGCGGCUGGAUUAGAUAGUGAAGACGUGGUAUUUGGACAAUAUCGGGAAUCUGGAGUGUUAUUGUAUCGAGGAUUCACAUUGGAUGAAUUUAUGAAUCAAUGUUAUAGUAAUGAAAAGGAUUUAGGCAAAGGGAGACAAAUGCCAGUACAUUAUGGAUCUAAAAAAUUAAAUUUUCAAACCAUUUCAUCCCCACUUGCAACUCAAAUUCCGCAAGCAUCUGGCGCGGCUUAUUCCCUUAAAAUGGCAGGGCAAAAAAAUUGUGUAAUGUGUUAUUUUGGUGAAGGUGCAGCUAGUGAAGGAGAUUUUCAUGCUGCGUUAAAUAUCGCGGCUACUAUGAAAUGUCCUGUUAUCUUCUUUUGUCGGAAUAAUGGCUUUGCAAUUUCGACACCAGCACUUGAACAAUAUAAAGGUGAUGGUAUUGCUAGUCGAGGGAUUGGAUACGGAAUUGAUACGAUACGCGUCGAUGGGAACGAUGUAUGGGCGAUUUAUAAUGUUACCAAAGCUGCGCGAAAAUUAGCAGUUGAGGAACAUCGACCAACUUUAAUCGAAGCAAUGACAUAUAGAAUUGGACAUCACAGCACAUCAGAUGACUCUUCAGCAUAUCGCUCUAAAAAAGAAGUUGAAGAUUGGAAACGACUAGAUAACCCAAUUAUAAGAUUUCGAAAUUGGUUAGAAGAUAAGAAUUGGUGGAAUGAGAAAGUUGAGAGUGAAUUUCGAACUUUGAUUCGGAAGGAGAUUUUGAACGCAUUUUCUAAAGCGGAAAAAUACCGAAAACCAUCAAUUACUGAACUUUUUAAUGAUGUAUAUGAUCAUCCAACACCAAAUCUCAUUGCUCAAAGACAAAAAUUGAAACAAUUGAUUGAAAAGUAUCCAAAAAACUAUCCUUUAGAAAAUUUCAGAAAUGAAG